AUGAUGAUGGAAGUUCAGCAACAACACUCGCCGGUUGUUGUCGGACCACUGGAUUUUUCGCGACGCGGAGUUGCUGAAGCGUCGGCAUUUCGGGUUGUUAAACCCAAACAACCCUUCUCGAUUGUUAAUCAACAAACUAUUUCUGAAAAUAAUAAUAAUAAUCACACUACGAAUAAUAACAAUAAUAAUAAUAAUAACAAUAACAGUAAUAAUACUAAUAACAAUAACACUAAUGAUGAUAAAAAUAAUAAUAGUGAAAAUAUACAAGAAAAUUCGGCGAUUAAUGAACGUGAAGAAUGUAACGUCAGACUAAUGUUCCCAAGGCUAUGGGCUCCUUUCAAUACCUUAUCAGGAACCACGAAUCUACCGUCGUUCGUCAAAAAUAAUUCAACACGAUUAUCGUUUGGCGUGGGUCGUUUAGUAGGAUCUCCAUCACCAAGAAGUCAAUCGCCAUCGCACUCCCUGGGUCCAUCAUCACCACGGCCAUCGCGGGACCCAGAGAUCGACAUCGAUGUAGAAGAAGACGAGGAAGAAGACGAAGAAGUGGAUGUCGACGUUGAGGAAGUGGGCGACGAGGAUGAAACAGAGAUAAAGGGUGGAUCCAGUGAAAGAGAUUUUUCAUCGCGAUCAACUCACUCAACUCCGUCACCGUCGCGGUCACUAAUUCGCGGAUCUUCAUCGCCGUCAUCAAGUAUUCGGCCACCUAGAAAAUCUGGUGAUAGUUUCAGUGUUUCGGCACUACUAAGGCCAGAUCCUCCGGCCAGCCAACGAACUUCUUCCUCGGACGAUUCUUCUUCAGCAGCGACAACUGUUGCACGCCAUCAACCUGGUCCUACAACGGUGGCCGCGGUUGCAGCUGGAAUCGGUUUAUACCCACCGUUACAUCUCCAAAGCGGAUUAUUACCGCCUCAUCCACAUCAUCCGCUGUCUUACCUCCAUCCGCAACUAAUUCCUCAUCAUCUUUUACCGCCGCAUUUACAUCCCCUUCUAAGAACGGUUCACCCAGCGCACCCAGGACUUCAUUCAGCUCACUCGACUCAUGGUCUUCAUCAUCCACAUCCGCUCGGUGAUGUUUACAGUUGUGUUAAAUGUGAUAAAAUGUUCAGUACGCCUCAUGGUCUUGAGGUACACGCAAGAAGGUCGCACAAUGGUAAACGUCCGUUUGCGUGUGAAUUGUGUAAUAAAACGUUUGGCCACGAGAUAAGUUUAACCCAGCAUCGCGCCGUGCAUUCUGCUGAAAAAGUGUUUGAAUGCAAGCAAUGUGGAAAGUCAUUCAAAAGGUCAAGUACGCUGAGUACACAUCUGCUUAUUCAUUCAGACACUCGGCCGUAUCCUUGUCAAUUUUGUGGCAAACGAUUUCACCAGAAAAGUGACAUGAAAAAGCACACUUACAUUCACACAGGAGAAAAACCCCACAAGUGUCAGGUAUGCGGGAAAGCAUUUUCUCAAAGCAGCAAUCUAAUAACUCACUCUAGGAAGCAUACAGGCUACAAACCAUUCGCUUGCGAGCUCUGCAAUCGCGCGUUUCAGCGUAAAGUCGAUCUCAGAAGGCACCGGGAAACGCAGCACGCCGAAUUAGGGACCGCAAAUUUACCAACGGUUUCACAUCGAGUGUCCAUUGUCAAUAUCACUCAGAAUAAUAUUGUUGCAGCAAAUUCAUCAAUGAUUCAGUAGAUUCUUUAUUAGUGAUUAAUGAUAAAUAACAGUAAAAAUGAUAAUAAUAAAAAUACUAAUAAUAAUUAUGAUAAUAUUGAUUUAAUUAUCUACAUAAUUAUCACUGUAUCAUAAAUCAUUGCAAUUAAAUAAUAAAUAUAAAAUUUUAAAUGUGUUGUCAGGAUCAAAUUCUAUCGACACAAGUGAUCUUUAUAAAUUAUAGAACUAGUGUGAAAUUUGAUGCUUACUUCGAUAACCAAAGAUUAAUUGUAUACUAUGAACUUUCUUUUAUCUAAUUAAAUUCAAUAAUGAACAAUAUAAUAA